CAUUUGUUAACCCGCCCACCCAUCUUAUAUAAACCACUUCACCUCCUUCAAUUACAAAUUUCUGCUAAUCGUCUUCAAAUUCUACAGAGAGAAAAAGAGAGGAGAGAGAAAGAGAGAACCGACUUUUCGAAAAAGCGUAAGGAGUUUUGUCGAGAUGGCCCGUACCAAGCAAACUGCUCGUAAAAGUACGGGAGGAAAGGCUCCCAGGAAGCAACUUGCCACCAAGGCUGCUCGUAAGUCUGCCCCAACUACCGGAGGAGUGAAGAAGCCUCACCGUUACCGUCCCGGAACCGUUGCACUCCGUGAAAUCAGGAAGUACCAGAAGAGCACAGAGCUGUUGAUCAGGAAGCUGCCAUUCCAGAGGCUUGUCCGUGAAAUUGCACAAGACUUCAAGACUGAUCUCCGUUUCCAGAGCCACGCUGUUUUGGCCCUUCAGGAGGCUGCUGAGGCUUACCUUGUUGGUCUGUUCGAGGACACCAACCUGUGCGCCAUCCACGCCAAGCGUGUUACCAUCAUGCCUAAGGACAUCCAGCUUGCUCGCAGGAUCAGGGGUGAACGUGCUUAAUCGGGUUAAGCUCCUCCUCGGUUGGUUUGUUUGUUUUUGCUAUAAUAGUAUUAGUUGAUGUUAUUGUUUAGGCUUAAUGCAGGACUUAAAUAGGGUUUGUUAUUGUUGGGGAUGAUGGGGUUUGAUGAUGAAUGCUGUAUUCGUAGUGAAAAGUAAUGAUGGUGGUGUUUUGAGAGCAAAGGAACUCAAGUUUCUGGUAUAUUUGGUGCAAGUAUUUUGAUUUCUGUUAUGUGGUCUCACACUGAUUGUGUGUGGAAACACUCAUCUAAUGUAGUUCAUAUAUAUGAGACUUAAUUCGUUUAUGUUCA